AUGGAAUACAAAGGGAUUUCCUUGGUGUGGCCGAAAUCAAGUAACGCCAACCACAAGAAGAAGCAAGGCUACGUAUUUGGGUGGGCCUCGGAACUGAACAAGAAGUACUGGAAUCAACAAUGGGUAUGGCACACUUUAUAUCGAGUCGGUAAACGCUCCCUCACAAUCCAUGGCACGAAAUGCCACGUUUCCGGGGUGGCUAUUCAUGGCAAAUGGAAUUCAGAUUAUCUGUAUAAUCCCCUGGAUGAGCACCAAUUCUUUCUCGGAGACCCUCGAUCAAUCCGGGACGAGAAGACGGAAUUUGUACCCAAGAAACAAGUCCCGUAUGGCUAUCCCAUGCACGACCGUUGUUGGACCCUGGCGAUACAGUCCCCGGAGCAGCAAUCGAUCCUGAUGCAGCCCGAAUCUCUGAAGCGAUUCCUGCGCGUCAUGAAGGAGGAGCUGAAACACGAGCAUCGUACCAAACCUCGCCCCCAGCUGAGCCCUCGACCGAUUCACAACGCCGAAUGCGACUGGUACCGUGAUCCCUGGAAGGUGCCCGAGGUCCUCGACUUGUUUGCGCAGCUGUCUGUGCCGGACGCAGAGACGACGCCAAAUGAUAAAUCGCGAGGAGAUAUCAUCACGUUCCCGCGCAUCCGCCCGCGAGUGGCUAGUCGUCAGAUCACCCGCCGGUACUGGGUCAACACGGCCAAGAUUCAGCCUCCCCCAGAGGUGGUCCUCCUGAUCCUGGAUCAUCUCUCGACCUGCACGGAGAUCCGUACUUUGAUGUGGGCAUUUCCACACUGGGCAACCGUCAUUCCAGAGGGUUAUUGGCGAGUUCGGUUCAUCCGCGAGUUGAAGCUGGAGCACGAUGAGGUUCCCGGUAAGGAUGCGCUGAACUGGAGACGGGCGUACUACAUGGUGGAUCGACUGAAGACGACCUCUGGUGGACUGCGAGUCCGGACGUGGAUCGAAGCCGUGUUGGAAAGAGCGAGGAUGCGAUUCGCAAAUCGAUCGAAUGGUCGGAAUAGAUAG